UCUCCCGUUUCUCUGCGAGCGGCGGACAUAUUUUUCAAAAUGGCCAACUUUUGCGGAUACCGUCGUCGGAGGCAGAACGGCGCUCGUUGCGUGAAGUGUAGAGUGAGUGAAGAUUUGUCCUGAAAAACCGCGGCGUACCGGCCACACAGCGGGGCCCCGGGUUUUCUCGUUCGUGUGAAAAACGAAAAAACACGGUCCUACGACUCGCAACGAGGUGCGCUGUGAUUAAGUGUAGUUUUGUGAACGCAUGUGUGUGUUGAGUGUGCUCUUGUGUAGGUUUGCCGUGUGUGACAAAGGUGCAAAUGCCAAGAAAUUCAUUCAGAAAAGUAAGUGUGCGACCAUCAAAUUCUGCUGAAAAGUGCUCUGAAAAACGAAUGUCUUAUCCAAACGAAACCAUUAAUUAUUGGAUCAUAGUUGAGAAGAAAGAAGCGGCACAUUUGGUUGAAAGUGAAGUGGAUUAAAGUGAUGAAUGAAAAAAAGAAGAUAAAUUAAUUAAAAAGCAGUGGGAAUCAAGUGAAAAAAGGGAUUCAUUCGUGUUGAUUAUUCUGUCAUCGUGUGUUUAUUGCAUUUUAAAGUUGUCAUCACACUACGUACGUUCGUGUGUGCGCGUUUAUACCAGUUCUCUUCGCAUGCUCGAUCGACAUCCCUCCGUAUAAACGAAAAGAUCUUUUUCGGAUGUGAACGUGUUGGUAGAAAGGUUAGAGUUUCCAUGGUGAUUAGUGCACUCCUAGCUACAGUAUAUUUUCCUCUAUCGUGUUAACGUGAAACGAUAAAUUGUGAGUGAGUGAUCCCGGAUGUAUGGUACAAAUUGUUCUCCAAGCUAAAACGGGCAGAAAGUGAAACCAAUUACAACAGACAUGACCGCGUCGGCGGUGGAAGAAUAGACGGCAGGAGCGAAGCCGAAAUAUUCUACGAGUCGACGACGGGAACAACGUCUCGCAACAACAACCAUGAUGGACUCCAAUGCGCUGUCGGAUUAGGGGCGGGUGCGGGAAAACCGAGAAGCAGGAGGUGGGCCACUUGCUAAAUCAUCGUUCGGAUAACGGCUAAGACGGACCCCUCCGCUCAACAAUAGCCUGGCCCCGGGAGCACAACAACAACCCUCUGCUUGUGGUGGCGUAGUGUAACGCGGCUCCGUUCGUUUGCUCGAGCACGUCGGCGGUCAAAUGCAAACCAAUGGGUGGCAGAGCCUGGAACAUCGCGUGCACAUUAAGCAGCUUCCCGGUGGUGGUGGAGCACCGUCUGCAGCCGGAUUGUGGCGUUGCCUUCUGCAGGACACAGCAGGACCAAGGGCGGCUGCGGCAGAAACCGAAGCAGUAGGUGCAACGAGCUGUUGGAACGCCAAAGCAGAGUUUGAAUUUUGAAGAGUAACAACAGAAAAAAGGAGGAGUAAAGGACCGGAAACCACUUCCCCGCGAAACGGAAGGAACGUAACGAACCUCGAAUCGUCGGCAUUCUCGGCAACGCGGCGACAGUACUCGUUCCGGCGAUCCACUUCCGGAUUCCGCUUUCCGUAACGUACUCUGGAAGCGGUGCAUUUUCCACCGGAGGGAAAGAACGCUAUCGUCCCCAACGACAACGACACCGACGGGCGUUCCUCCAAGGCCGUACGUCGUCGUCGUCGUGUCCGGCAUCGGAAGAAGGAGCCCCCGACCGCUUGCCGCCCCCGCCAACGUCGUCGUGCCGUGCGUGUUCAUCCGCUUCAUCGCUGCCGUCGUCAUUGCGGGGUAAUAUGGCCACACCGCCAACCGAAGGAGAAAUCAGAGUGGGUCCCGGCCAUCAGGCAACAUUACCAGACUAUCAACCAAUCGAGAACUACCGCUCCGAGGACGAUGAAGAUCGCGACCUAGAGGAUCCGAGAUGGACACCCGGCCUGUACAUUGAUAAUGAUCUGUUGAUGUACCUGACCGCCGCUCGUUCGAUAUCCGCCUUUCAGGGUAUGUGCGAGGAAGAUGGUUGUAUGGCAGCUAGUCGCGACGAUACAACUAUAAACGCGUUUGAUGUUCUACACGACUCGGGAUACGACGCCGGUAAAGCACUAGAGGCACUACUGAAGUGUCCCGUCACCAAGGGAAUCGAGAAGAAGUGGACCGAGGAGGAAACGAAACGCUUCAUCAAGGGUUUGCGUCAGUUUGGGAAGAAUUUUUUUCGUAUACACAAAGACCUUUUACCACAUCGGCCAACGCCGGAACUGGUAGAGUUUUACUAUCUGUGGAAGAAGACACCGGGUGCCAAUCAAAACCGGCCCCACCGGCGACGACGGGCGAGCUCGCUGAGACGGCGCAACACGCGGACGAACAGUAAUGCGAGCAGCAGCGGCACGCCACCGAACAGUAGCAGCGGAAGCAGCAGCAGCAACAAUAGCGGCAGCAACAACAGCAAGAAGGAACAGACCCCCGAGCGCACCGUGACGGACUCGUCGUCGUCCCGACCGUCGCCGAUCGGCAAGGAGGAGAACAGCUCCGUCACCGAGGACGACGUGAGCGAGUGCGACAGCGACUCGAGCGCCAACAAGGCGUCCGCGGCUGCAGCGGCAGCGGCAGCGGUAGCCACCAGCAGCGGCAGCAGCAGCAGCAGUAGUAGCAGUAGCAACGGAAGUAACAGCAGCAGCAGCAGUAGCAGCAGCAGCAGUAGUAGCAGCAGUAGCAGUAGCAGCAGCAGUAGCAGCAGUUGCAGCAGCAAUAGCAACAGCAACAGCAACAGCAGCAACAGUAGUAGUAACGGGAGUAACGGCGGCGUCGGCGGUUCCGUCGGCGUCGGAGACUUUACGACGACGGCCAGCAGCGGCGGCGUUGGCGGGGGCAGCAGCGUCGGCAGUCACGUCGGUGGCGGUGGAAGUACGGUCACCGGCGAGGAAUCUCCGUCGAGGAUGCGGACCCGCCAAAAGCCAACUAAGGAAUCGAAUGCGACGAACGCGAAGCGACCUAAGCGUGGCGGUACGGAAACACCAGAGCAGCAGUCGGCGGCCACCAAUAGUAGCGGUAGUGGGGGCAACACCACAAAUACGGCCGGUGUUGGCAGUGGUACUUCUGCAGCGGCGGCUGGUGGUGGAAGUGGAACAGGAGGCGGCAGUAGCAGUGGUGGCAACCAGGAUAGUCCAAAGACACCGAACAAAGCAAGCAGCAGUAAUGCCAGUUCCUCUAGCACUUCCCAAGGCGCCCCCGAUGGUGGUAAACAUUCGACUUCGGGUAAGGUCAAGGGAUCAUCCUCCGGUGGGGGAUCGUCAUCGUCAGCGGCAGCAUCAUCAUCGGGCAAAGCGGAGACGACGACUCCCAGUAAGGGCAAGAAGCGUGCAAACGAACUCGAACAGGACGGGAACGACGACGGAGCGAAGGAUGGACAGAAACGCAAGCGAUCCGACAGCCCGGCGGAAAGCAUCACAACCGACAGUCGGCCCGGCUCGGUGUUGGAUGAGGCCGAAUCGAACAGUGAAGCCGCCACGGAAGCCAGUGGUACGGCCGGACGCACUCCGACGCCUGUACAUGGAACGACCAAUAAUGCGACCGGCGGUAACACUUCCGGAGCCGCCACGGAUACGACUGGCGGAACCAACGCGAACAAGGAUGACGAGAAAGAUCCCCUCUCGCUGGGACCUCCAGCAGCGGAACCGAUGGUUACCGAGUCGAACGAAAACAGUAGUAGCAGUAAUGCGACCUCCUCAACGGCCACUACCAAAUCUUCGUCCGGUGGCUCGUCGGAAGAUAAGGACGAUGAUUCCAAUGCGGGUGCGACCGGCGCUGUCAUUGCAUCGGCGGUAGCGACGGUUCCAACGGCAGCCGAUACUGCCAAGCUGCCCGAAACGGAAGACAUUACGCCACCCUCGACGGCUGCACCGACACCGGUAGCAACACCCGGGUCUCAACCGGCAUCCACUGGCACGUCUGGAACUCCGACAGUGGAAGGUUCCGAACAGCAACAGCAAACACCUUCGACCGACGAUCCAGCCAACGGUGCUGCGGAUAGCAAACCACCCUGUCUAACGACCUCCAACGAGCAGGAGAUGGCGUCCAAAUUGGCCAACCUGAAGCAGGAAGCGUCGGCAACGACUGGUAGUGCAGCGCCACCAUCCGCUUCUACCGGAGCUUCAGCGGAGUUCAACUCGAAAGAUGUGUUUAUCAAAAAGGAACCGGGUGAUGAGUCGUCCGCCGGUACCGGAGCGCCCGGUGACCAGCAGUCGUCCAGUGGUGGAGCGAACGCGUCGGCACCAGGUGCUGCUGCUGCAUCCACGACAACUUCAUCCUCCAGUGAGCCGCAGGAUUUGAAGCUUAAGAUUGAGGUUAAAUCCGAAGCCAAACUUAUGCCUGGUGGUGGUGGUGGUUCGGAGUCUUCAUCGGUCACUCACGGUGGAAAUGGACCGCCACCUGGGGAGAUGAAGUACGAUCCGGAAAAUCUCGUCAUGAAACCGUCGCCCUACGAUAACCACAUAAAAUACGGCCAUCCGGGCGACGAAGGUAUGAAGUACGGCGGAGGAGAACACAAGUACGGCCCUCCUCCGCCGCAUCCUCACAGCCAGCAUCAACCUCCGGGAGGAGGACCUCCGGGCGAUCCGCAGGGUAUGAAGUAUGGCAAUUCGUCGCAGGACGAACCGCUCGAGUACGAUAUGAAGCGUUACCCAGCGCACGGCGGACCUCCUGGAGGAGGACCUCCAGGGCAGCCGUCGGAUGGUUCCGGGCCGUUACCCCUAAAGCUCGGCGGAGAACCUCCGUCCGGACCGGCGGGUGCAGGAGGUCCACCACCACCUGGCCACCUAAAACUGUCCCAGUAUCCACAGGAUCUGACGGGGUUAAACUUAAAGUAUCCGCCGCAGGAUGAGCGCUCUAAGUUUGCGCCUUCGCCCGCAUCGGACAGUGGCAGUGGAAGUGGAGUAACGCUUCCACCGGUCGGACCGCUUCCGCUCAUUCCGAAGAGUCACUAUCCGGAUGCGGCGCAACUUAGUAUGCUGCGGCAACACUACGAGCAACAGUUCAAGUACGACCCGAUGGCCGCGGUGAAGUACGGUCCUCCGGGAAUGCCACCGUUCGGUCCCGGCCCACCCGGUCUCCCAGGGCACCAUCAUCCGCAGCACCACCCGUUGGCCGGCUCACUCCCAGGGCAGCCACAGUCACAGCCACAAGAUCUGAAGUACCUUCCACCGGAGGCGGGUCUGGGUCCGCUCAAGUAUCCACCCUCUUCGAUGGCCAGCGACACUCCGACGCCUCCGGGCAGCGGUGGUCCGCUGCUGAAGAACAGCUUCUCGGCGGACAAUCUAAUCAAGAGCUCCAGCUCCAGCUCGAGCGGCAACGAUUCCAACCCGCUCGACGUAUCGGUUUCAUCACGGUUGACCGUCACGCCGAACCAGGACAGCCAAGGGAGCAACAGCAGCUCACAACCGACGGCCCUCCAUGGCGGCGGCGGUGGCAGUGGAAGCAGUAUCGCUUCGCCACAAUCCGGUGGCCCACCACCGGCGUUACCACCUCACAGUGCCGCAUCAUACCCCCCGGGACCUCACGGCGGUCCACCACCUCCGGGUGGUCACCCAGGUAUCGUCAAUCCGGGCCUGAUGCCAUCGAUGCAUCACGGACCCAACUCGUCGCCCGUACCACCGACGUCCCAAGCGGGUCUCGGUGGUCCUCUCGGUGGACACCCGCUCGGUGGACCACCACUGGCCCAUCCCGGAUCGGGUGCCGCCCCACCGCCACAGCUGUUACCAACCCCGCCCGGCGGAAGCCCGUACCAUCGGGGUCCUCCGCUACCGCCCACAUCUCUACCGAACUCGUCCGCUUCCUCGGUAUCGAUGGCGCCUUCCUCGAGCUCGGUGCUCACGUCGACGACGGCAUCCACCUCCUCUUCCGCGAAUUCCCACUCGCCCGCCCCGAUGCGCCUCUCGUCGUCGUCCGAAAACAAUGGUGGCCCACCGUUGCCGAUGUCGCACCAUCACCAUCAUCACCAUCAUCAUCGACCGGAUCGUGGUGGCGAUCAGCGUGACCAGCCACCACCUUCACGACCCGGUGCAAAUGAUCUACCACCGACCCGUGCUUCCCCUAUCAACUCGCUGCUACAGGGUGUACCACCUCCGCACGGAAUCCUCUCGCAUCCACUUCCGCUGCACUUGGGUCACCCGGGCAUGCAGCUUCCACCGCAUCAUCCGGCACACCUUGCCGGUCCCCUGGUGGGACACGCCGGAUUACUACCUCCUUCGCUAGCGGGACACGGUGCGGCUAUUCCGCUCCUCGGUGGACCAACUCCGUCCGCGCUCGGUAGCUUGAUGGAGGUUGCGGGCGCUGGCCGACGUUCGCCCUCGAAUCCCCCGCCCGGCAGUCUGUCGGCUAGCGGGACACCACAUCCUCAUCUUCCACCCACCUCCAUGCACCAAUCGGUGAGCGCACUGGCCCAGUCGCCCUCUACUCCGACCGGUGGCCCACCUUCUGGAUCGUCAUCCGGACUGAGCCGUGCAAGCCCCAGCGUACCACCGGGCGGACCAGGAACUCCCGGCGGUGGGUACCCGGGACCGGGCCAUCAUCAUCGUUCCAGUUCUCCUGCGAACUCGACUAGCUCGGUCCUAUCGCGUGCCAGCCCAAUGCACCUCGGACACCAUCCGUCGACGCCGGGUGGCAGCGGUGGUGGUGGUGCAGGUUCAUCGUCAUCGGCCGCCGCAGCAGCAGCGGCAGCGGCCGAACGUGACCGACAGAUGAUGCGCCAACAGAGCCCACACAUGACACCACCGCCGCCGACUUCGUCCGCACCGUCGACGUCCUCGCUGAUCUCGAGCCCACUGAGCAAGAUGUACGGUGGACCGUCCGGGCAGCGGUCGCCUCCGCCCUCCCAUCCGUUCCGACCCGGCGCAUCGCCUCCGGUCAUACGACACCCCCAGAUGCCUCUACCUCUACCGAUGACGGGCCCGAUCGCGGGCAUUCCCGGCUCGGUGAUGCACCCCUCACAGCCCUAUCCACUGAUGCACCCGUCACUGUUCAACCCGCAUCACCACAACCCAUUCUACGCACCCUACCCGUACGGUCCGGCCUAUGGUCCGGGCUUUUCCUACAUGAAACCGGGUGGAUCCCCGCUCGACAACCCGAUGCUGCACGGCCAUCCGACGGCGAUUCCACCGCCCCGGCCGGAAGACGCACCGGGUCCGGGAGGUCCCGGCGGUGGUAUCCAUGGGAACGCGGGUGAAAAGAGCAAAUCCUCCUCCGGUGGCAAGUCACAGCAACCGCAAACGUCGUCCUCGUCCACCUCGUCGGUGUCGUCGCUAUCCGGAUCGGGCGAUCGCUCGAAGCAAUCCGGAUCCGGCUCGUCGUCCAGUGGUGGCGGUAGUAGUGGGCACUCGAACGCCUCGAACCAAAGCAGCUCCAGCGGAGGCGGAGGACCUCCGGGAGGUCCGGGCAGUGGUGGACCAUCGCCUGGCAGUGGAGCGGCGGGUCCUGGUGGAAUGGUGGGUAUGCCCGGUGGACCUCCACCGGGAGGUCAUCCCCUCAGCGGUAGUCCGUUCCAUCCAGCCGGGCCACCGCAUCAUCACUCCCCUUACGGACCUCCGCAACCGCACAAUCCGUUCAUCGAAAAUCAGCUGCCACCGGUCGGUGGAAAACCCACCAGCCAUAUGGAUGCGCUGCGAGCUCACGCGCAUGCCGCGGCCGGUGGAGGCCUUGGGCCACCACCUGGUCAUCAUCCGCAUCACCAUCCCGGGCACGGACCACCGCCGCCACCUGGCGGACACCAUCCGGCGCAUCCGAACGAGCCGGUUCACAUCGAAACGCUCGAUAUCGAUCCGGAUCCGGAGCCACCGUCCCCUGUCCAUGACAUGAACCGUGGUCCGAGCCCCGAAGCCAAACCCGACGACACCGAAUGCCACCGAUCACAAUCGGCUAUCUUUGUGCGACGUUGCGAUCGAGGUGACUACAACUCAUGCACCCGUACGGAUCUCGAGUUCAAACCGACCCCCGACUCCAAGCUGGCCCGUAAGCGUGAAGAACGCGAUCGCAAGCUGGCGGAAAAGGAACGGGAGCGGAAGGCUCAGCAAGCGGCCCAAGCCCAGCACCAGCACCAGCAGCAGCAACACCAGCAACAACAGCAGCAGCAACACCAGCAGCAACAGCAGCAGUCGCACAAUCCUUCGAUGCAUCCACACCAACCCCCGCCAUCCCAUCCACACCAUCCGCAGCAUCCGAGCGUUACGGCGCACCAGCAUGCCGUUGCCGCGGCGCACGCACAUCAAGCUGCCGUUGCGGUGGCCGCUGCUCAGCAGCAUCACCACCAGCAGCAACAGGCUGCCGCAGCACACCAAGCGGCCGCUGCUCAGCAGCAACAACAGGCCCAGCAACAGGCGCAACAGCAAGCACAGCAACAACAGCAGCAGCAGCAGCAGCAACAACAGCAGCAACAGGGUGGCAAACCGGGCAGUGCCGGUCCUGGUGGUUCCGGGCCAGGUGGUGCUGGUGGUCCACCGGGUCCACCACCACCCGGUCAUCAUCCGGGCCAUCCGUCGCCCGGACAGCAGUCAAUGAAGCCAGACAUCAAGCCGUACCCGGACACGCCCGCCCUACGUCAACUGUCCGAGUACGCGAGGCCUCAUGUUGGCUUCAGUCCCGUGGAGACGAUGGUCCCGCCACCAUACCAUCCACUGUACAAUAGAGAAAGGGACAUCUUUUUUAGGGAAUUUGAGGACCUUAAGAACGCACAGCAGGGCAUGGGCCCGUCUCGAUUGGACCAGCACUGGAUGGAGUACUACCGGAUGAGAGGGAUGCAUCCAUCGCAGUUUCCUGCACUGUACGGAAAUCCGGCUGCUCUGGCCCAGUUAGAACGAGAACGAAUAGGCUUGCCACCGCAUCCUGUCGGGCUGGAUCCAUCCGAUCCGAUGUUGCGCUUGGCUGGCGAAUAUCACGCACACUCCCAUACGCACUUGCACUUGCAUUCGCAACAGCAGCAAGACUCGGCGGCAGCGGCGGCGGCGGCAGCGGCAGCGGCGGCAGCAGGUUUUCAACUACCACCCAACGUACCACCCUAUCCGCGUCCGAAUGUGUUAAUGCCCAGGGAUCCCCAUUCGGAGGUGCUUUUGCGUAUGUCCUAUGAUCCAUUACAGGCCGCUGAAUUCCAACGACAAAAUGCAUUAGACCGGGCCCAUUCGCUGCACGAGCAGUACCUGAGGCAACACGAACGCGAGAUGAAAGUGCGAGCGCUUGAAGAGGCAGCCCGAGGCGGAAAACAUUAGAGAUACACCAUACGUUAGCAAAACACACAAAAAUUAGUCACGCAAAAGGAAAAUCCUUGGAGGUGUUUGAAUAAUUCAACACACGUGUUCUAAAACAAAAAACGAAAAGAAAAACUAGCUAUAUGCAACUCUAUCCACCAACGAUCCUUCCUAAUAGUUUCUUCCCCUAUUUGACCAAAAAGAAAUAUUUGACAAACAAAAUGAAUUUGAAAGCAACACAAAAACGAAUUCACACACACUCGCUUGAGGUACACACAUUAGAAGGAGAAGAAGGAAAACGAGAGCGUAAGCGAGGUGUGAAUCAACCAACCGAAUAGACACAAAUGGUGACAUUGGCAUCACCAUAAGCAAAGAUGAGCAACGUCGACAACUUUCACGAUUAGAGUAGAUAUAAUUUAGUCGUUUUUUCUUUCUCUCUUUAAUUGUAGUAGUUCGGACUUCGUUAGUGUUAAGCUAGCAAACCUAAUACGUUCCGCCGCGCGCAAGGAGCUCUAGUUCUUUUAACAAGACUGUACAUAGUUUUUGUUUUUUGUGCCCUAGCCUCUCUCUAGGUCAUGUUCGGUUUAAAGUAAACUGAUGCGUCUACUUUUUUAUCAAUUAAAAUGUUGCGUAUGCAUUUGCUUUGUCUCUCUGUCUCUCCAUCUCUCUUUUUCUCUCUCUCUCUCUGAUUGCGCUUAGUGUUGAGUACAUGAUCGGUUUGGUUAAGGAAGGAAGUUUUUCACUCUUAAGUUGAGUUGUUCUGCCUGCCAUUCUCCAAGAACAAAGACACAUCACAUGUAGUGUCUAUUUGUGUCCAGCUUGGAAUCGGAUUGCACAUUGGGUAGAGGAUUAAGUUAAUAAAGAUUGUUGCAAGCAAACAA